ACACUGAAAGGCUUUGAAACAAAAAUAUUAAAGCAGUUUUCCAACGCGACAAAAGACAAAUGAAAGAUGUUACUUAUUCUUCGACAGAAAGCUUAAUUGAGUCAAGUUCAGUUAGGUCACAAUUAGUUAAAUUUCCACGUUUGUACAUUUAACUUAGCCUUCGAACCUUUACGGCUCGCCACAGCACGUCUAUUGUACAUCACUCGAUUAGACUCACCCACGUGUCAAUAUACACGAAAGUAUCCUUUACAUUUUAUUCACAUGUGACGACGGUCAAUCCUUUCCCCGUGUUUUAUUCCAACACACUCUCACGGGCAGCAAGGUGGCUGAAAGCUAGAAUUCCGAGCAGCUCUUGAACGCGACACGGGCAUUACCUCGCCAGCACGCGACCGAGAGUACCUUCAUUUCUUCCAACUGCAACUCCGCCCGACCGCGACGUUCUCGUGCCUUGAAGCGAGCAGACACCAUCGCCGGGCGGCACAACCUGAGCUGUCAGGAACGCUUUGCAAGAGAGACACCCGGAAGGCACCGACAAAGAAUCGCACCAUGAACCGCUUCAAGACCUCCAAAUUCAAAAAUACUACUCCGAAAAUCGCCAAGAAGGAUCAAUGGAUCAACAACGUCCGUGCCAAAUCCUUCUCCUGUCAGGGAAACCAUAUCAAGGCCAGCGCCAAGCUGGUGGCCUUCAACACAGAGCAGGCUGGGGGCAGCAUGCUGGGAGUCACGUCUUUGAAACCUGCUGCGGAUGGACAAUGGAGCAUCACUCACAUCUCCUGCCAUUCUGAUCUGGUGACUGACUUGGACUUUUCCCCAUUUGAUGACAGUCUUCUAGCAACAUGCUCAGCAGAUGAAACGGUGAAGCUAUGGCGUUUGUGUGACCCGGAGUCACAGCAGCAGCCUUCCAAGCCAGAUCUCACUUUCAGCCCCGACCAGGGACGGCUGGAGAGGGUACUCUUCCACCCGACCUCUUCCGGACUGCUGGCCGUCGGCGCCGCGAAGUGUCCUCUCAUUUUGGACGUGGACCGCCCGGACGUGCCGCUCUCAGUUCUGGAGCAGCACGGUGACCAGCUGCAGAGUCUGAGCUGGAAAGAAGACGGGUCUUUGCUGGCUUCUACCUGCAAGGACAAGAUGCUGCGAGUGUUUGACCCAAGAGCCCAGCUGAAACCAGUUCAGAGCGCCUCCUGCCUUCAGAACGACAAAGAUUCUUGCACUCUGUGGGCCAAGGAAGACUUUCUGCUGAUCACAAGCUUUGAUAGGAUGCGUAACAGGGAGUUGAGGCUUUGGGACAGCAGGAACUUGACUUCUUCCUUGAGCUCGCAGACCUUUGGCACUUGCAGUGGGAAGCUGAUUCCGCUUUUUGAUGCUGAUACUGGUCUCCUCGUACUGGCUGGCAUGGGUGACAAAGUGGCUGACUGCUUUGAAGUGUCCACUUCUCAGCCCUUCCUCUCCCAAGUGAGCCACUGUCUGACCGACAUGUCAACCCGCGGCGUCGCCAUGGUACCCAAGAUGGCUUUGGAUGUGAUGUCUUGUGAAGUGAUGCGCGUUCUCCAGCUGACGGACAACUGCAUCGUGCCCAUCAGCUAUCAAGUCCCACGCAAGAAUUCCGGCUACGAUUUCCACGCGGACCUUUACCCGGACACUGCAGGCCCAAGUCCGGCCAUGUCUGCUGAUGAGUGGUGGCAGGGCGGGAACAAGCAGGUGGAGAAAGUCAGCCUUCACCCGGACAAGCGAUCCAAACCGGCUGAGGCACCAAAGGCCAAGCCGACGCCAGCAAAUAUGGAUGCUAUCAGAGGGGACACAAAGGAGGCAGCACGUGGUUGUUCCAUCUCCAGCAGUCCAAUCAGCACCCCAAGCAGCAGCGCCGCCCCAUCCCGCUCACCAUCCUCCACCUCAGGUCUCUCCUCAGGCUUCCUGCCUUCUCCAAGUCCGGGCCAGGCGUCCAAGGCCUUCCAGAACUUUCUUGGCCCGACCUCCAAGUUCCGACACAUUGUGGGCACGGUGCUGCACCGCGACACGCACAUCACCAACGUACGCGACCUCAAAUUGACCACGCCAGGCGAGUGCGACGGCUUCUGCGUCAAUCGCCUGCACGCCGCCGUGCCUCUCGCCAUAUCCGGCGGCCAGAUCGCCAUCUUUGAGCGCUCACGACCCGGGAAGCUGCCGGACACUGCCAUGCCCACCGUACAGAACUCUGUCAACGUGGCCGACCUUUGUUGGGACCCUUUUGACGCGCAUAGGCUCGCUGUGGCCGGCGAGGACGCUAAAAUCCGAGUAUGGCAAGUGCCACAGGACGGCCUCAAAGAGACUCUUACUGAACCUGAACUCGUCUUGCAAGGCCACACGGAGAAAAUCUACUCCAUCAAGUUCCACCCUUUGGCUAGAGAUCUGCUGGUGUCUUCGUCCUACGACCUUACUGUCCGAAUCUGGAAUCUUGAAGACGGCGAGCAGGUGCAGAUCCUCACCGGACACCAGGAUCAGGUGUUCGCCAUGGCUUGGAGUCCAGAUGGCAAACUGCUGGCGACCGUGUGCAAAGAUGGCAAAAUUCGCAUCUACGACCCGCGCAAGUCCAAUGCGCCUGUGCAGGAAGGUCCUGGUCCGGAUGGCCACAGAGGCGCUCGUGUGGUUUGGGUGUGUGAAGGCAAAUACCUGCUAGUGUCCGGAUUUGACAGCCGCAGCGAGCGAAGCCUCUACUUGUACGCCGCCUCUUCAAUUUCCUCUGGAGUGGUGGCCAGCGUCUCCCUGGACGUCUCCCCUUCCACCCUGAUUCCGUUUUAUGACCCAGACACCAGUGUAGUCUUCCUCACUGGAAAGGGGGACACCAGAGUGCACAUCUAUGAGAUCUUCCCUGAAGAGCCGUAUUUUGUGGAAUGCAGCAGUUUUAACAGCCCUGAGCCGCACAAGGGUUUGGCCUUCCUCCCGAAGAGCGAGUGCAACGUGCGCGAGGUUGAGAUAGCGGCGGCGUUGAUGCUCACUAAGACAACCGUGGAGCCAGUGGUCUUCAAGGUGCCAAGAGUCAAGAAAGAGUUCUUCCAGGAUGACCUGUACCCAGAAACCUCGGUGUGCUGGGAGCCGGCGCUGAGCGCAUCGGCCUGGCUCGACAACGCCGACGGUCAGCACAGGAAGAUCAGCUUGAGGCCAAGCGACAUGGCGCCGGUAAGCGAAGCCCCCAAAGAAGCCCCAGUGAGGAAGUACAUGCCCUCGUCUUUCUACUUGGAGGAGAAGACUGACGAGCAGAAGAAAGAAGAGCUCCUGGUUGCUAUGGUUGCCAAACUGGGAAACAUGGACGACCCGUUGCCCCAGGAAUCCUUCGAGGGAGUCGACGAGGACGAGUGGGCUAAGUAUUUAGCACAAGUGAUUGUUAUGGGAGUUCAAGUGGUAGGCCGUGCUUUUGCUCGGGCUUUACAGCAAGAAUAUGCAGCGAGUCAGGCAGCAGCGCGAGCACGAAGCAGCGCCGGUCAGCAUUCUGCCGCCGCUACCAGCAUAUCUGGGAUGAGUUUACAAGAAGCGCAGCAGAUCCUUAACGUCUCUAAGAUGGAACCAGAGGAAAUCCAGAAGAACUAUGAACAUCUUUUCAAAGUCAACGACAAGUCUGUGGGCGGUUCAUUUUACUUACAAUCAAAAGUGGUCCGGGCUAAAGAGCGUCUAGAUGAGGAACUAAAUAUUGAAGCACAAGAACAGCAGCGGCAACAGCAAAAGCAGCAAUCGCAGCAAAACACAGAAACAUGAAGUAUGAAACCACCUUCCCUUAUCCCGCCACGUCACCUGUAAAUUAUACCCUAGUAAAUGUCAACGCUUUCUCUACUUGUUGACAUCCUCGAUACGAGCAGGAAACACAUUUCGAGAAAGAAAUGUUAUUUAUGCACUGCAACACAGCAAGGGAAACUCGGCUUUCCCCCAAAAUGCCCAAAAAAAUAAGUGAUCAAAUCUGUACUAUUAUGUUGAAGGGAAUAGUAUCCAUUCACAUAUUUACUGUUUGACCGUUUGUAUUACUCUUAACACACCCAAUAUGAAAUAAAUAGCAUUUAAAUCAUAGCUUAAGAAAACAAGUAGAAUAUAUUUGAAAAUAUGAGUAGUUGGACUUGGAGCGAUUGGAAUUUGCAGCGCCAAGACAAUAAGCAGAUAAGGGCAUAACAACUACAGGAUGCCUGCUGACUCUGGAAGCCCAACGCGCAUGUCAUGCAGCUGACUGAGUGAGAUGGACGCUGACUGAGCGAGACAAGCGGGUGAUGGGCAAGACAUCUACAAGCCCACGUCUGGACCACCAAAUCCUGCCAUCAGUUCUUCUGGGGGACAAUAAUUGACAGUCCAGAACAAUGGCGGGACAUCCUGUCUUGCCACAAGGAACGCCUGAUAACAAGAAGACUCCACAGUUGAGAAUUUCAAUACUCAGCGCUCAUUUUGCGCAGAGACUGAUGACAUCUCCAACUUUGGUUCCCUUUGCAACAGUGACACACAGACUACUCUGCCCAAUCUGCAACAGACAAUUACCCAAAACAACACCCAAACACACCCUUCUUCCUGACAACAGCCCGCCUCGACAGAGCCUUCAAAAGACUAAAUUCUUGAGCUAGUGCUGUCCUUUCUCUGGAAUCUUUUGUUGACCUGUGAUAUGGUGACCCUAGAUCCAGCCUUCUUCUUCGUUUGGGUCUGUGUGCUGUUUUUGCCAUGCUGUCUGAUUGCUGUCGACUUGGAAUAAAUUGUCAACUUGUGUUUCGAAGCCUUUUUCCAGCUUUUAAAAUGGAGUCACUACAAGGGGUUAAUACAAAGGGUGUAACGGUACAUGUUAUAGUAUUGAACCGUUUCGGUACGUGGUAGUCUGUUCGGAACGGACACGUACCGAACGAGUUUCUGACGUAAUAUAACUAGGGCUGUCAAAAUUAUCGCGUUAACGGGCGUUAAUUAAUUUUUAAAAUUAAUCACGUUAAAAUAUUUGACGGAAUUAACGCACCCGCUGGCAUAUUGCCUCAAACAUUACAAUCAGGCCGUUUAUGGACAUUAAGAGUGAAGAGAAUGCCACCGGCCGCUUGGGGGCAGCGUUGUUCCAUACUCAUGUCCUCUAAACGUGGGAGAAUUAGUAGUUGUGAGACGUUUAUGCUGUAUUCACAAUGCAAUGCAAAUUGCUAUUUGUGCUCCACACAUAUUUCGGUAAGUUUUCUUUCUUUUAGUGGCAAUUAUGUGUCUCUUGUUUUAUUUUGGGUAAGAUAU